GGGGCGGGCCCGCGUCGCUCGCUGCCUCCUCCUCUCCCGCGGCGCGGCCGCCUGGCCUGUCCUCCCGUCCGGCGUGCGGUGUCUCAGAGGAUUUCACUGUGCCGAGUGGUGUUUUGUUCACCAUGUGAAGACAUGUACAAGCCAUCUAGGUGCCUUUUCCACAUCAGUGCUUUAUAACCUGGGCUCUGUAAAUUUGGGAACAUAAGAGAAGACUCUGGAAAUGCUGGCGAAUUGUUUCUCUUUGAUAAGAUUGGGGUUUUUUAUUAUUUUUAAUCCUUUAAAGAAGGAUUUUAUGUUCUUUGCUUUCAUUUGAGGACAAACUGAAAUUGGUGCUUUCUGCUUGUGAAGAUCUGAAGGUACUAGUUCUGCUGGCACAAAGGUAGCAGCUCAAGUUGCCAGGGAAGUCAGAACUCUGCUCUACCAGUAGCAGAGUCCUUGGACUGAAGAGACCAUGUAUUGGUAUUGCUCUUAAACAGAGAGGAAAUAAGCCGCCUUCUUGCUCCUCAGAGUGUGCUAUCCUACACUGUGCCUUAAACAUGGAAACUGUAGAAAUAAAUAGCAUAUCCUUGAAACGUCCUCGCUCUGAGGAUGAUGUGGCUAAUGCAGAUGAACUUAAAAGACAGAAGAUCUCAGAGAAGUCUAAGACAGGUAAUGACUCUGGGCAGAACAUUGAGACUGUAACAGAACAACCUGACAAAUCUCUACUUGAGGACACAAAGAAUGAAAUAAUUCCCAAUGAGGAAGGUAAGGAGCAGGAAGAUGAAGAACUAGAGGACAGUGAUGAUGAUGGAGAUCCAGAGAGCUUUGCAGACAUGAUGAAGCAUGGACUGACAGAAAGUGAUGUUGGCAUAACUAAGUUUGUUAGCUCUCAUCAAGGGUUUUCUGGAAUCUUAAAAGAGAGAUACUCAGACUUUGUUGUCCAUGAAAUAGGCAAAGAUGGACGUGUGAGCCAUUUAGAUGACUUCUCUGUUCCAGUGGAUGAUGAGGUAAAUUUUGAGGACCCAUCAGAAGAAACGUUUUCAGUUUUGUCAGAUGAGGACAAGCAGCGUUUAGAGGAGCUCCAGCUUCUUAAGAAUAAGGAAACCAGUGUUGCCAUAGAGGUAAUUGAAGACACCAAAGAAAAAAGAACGGUUAUCCAUCAGGCUGUGAAGUCCUUGUUUCCUGGACUAGAGACUAAAACAGAAGAUCGAGAUGGAAAAAAAUACAUUAUUGCUUAUCAUGCUGCUGGGAAAAAGGCACUGGCAAAUCCAAGAAAGCACUCUUGGCCAAAAUCUAGGGGAAGCUACUGCCACUUCGUACUGUACAAGGAGAACAAGGAUACUAUGGAUGCCAUUAAUGUCCUAUCUAAAUUUUUAAGAGUGAAGCCAAACAUAUUUUCCUACAUGGGAACUAAAGAUAAAAGGGCUAUAACAGUUCAAGAGAUCGCUGUUCUCAGAAUCACUGCUCAAAGACUUGCUCAUUUGAAUAAAUGUUUGAUGAACUUCAAAUUAGGAAAUUUCAGUUACAAGAACCAUCCACUGAAAUUAGGAGAACUGCAGGGGAACCAUUUCACUGUUGUUCUCAGAAACAUCACAGGAACUGAUGACCAGAUAGAGCAAGCAAUGCACUCUCUCAGGGAAAUUGGAUUCAUUAAUUACUAUGGAAUGCAAAGAUUUGGAACUACAGCUGUUCCUACAUAUCAAAUUGGCAGAGCUAUCCUACAGAACAACUGGAAUGAAGUGAUGGAUUUGAUAUUAAAACCCCGACCAGGAGCUGAAAAGGGAUACUUAGUAAAAUGCAGAGAAGAAUGGGCAAAGACUAAAGAUCCAGCAGCAGCUCUCAAGAAACUACCUGUAAAAAGGUGCGUGGAAGGACAGCUUCUACGUGGACUCUUAAAGUAUGGAAUGAAGAACAUUAUCUCUGCAUUUGGCAUAAUACCAAGAAAUAAUCGUUUAAUGUAUAUUCAUAGCUAUCAGAGUUACGUGUGGAAUAAUAUGGUGAGCAAGAGAAUAGAAGAAUAUGGGCUUAGAGCUGUACCAGGAGAUCUAACACUGAAAGGAGCCACAGCUGUUCAUAUUGAAGAAGGAGAUGUUGAUAACUACACUAUCCAUGACGUAGUGAUGCCGUUGCCUGGGUUUGAUGUUAUUUAUCCAAAGCAUAAAAUUGGUGAGGCCUACAAGGAAAUGCUCAUAGCUGAUAACCUUGAUAUCAACAACAUGAGGCACAAAAUCAGAGAUUAUUCACUUUCUGGAGCGUACAGAAAGAUUAUCAUUCGACCUCAGAAUGUCAAUUGGGAGGUUGUUGCAUAUGAUGAUCCCAAAAUCCCAUUAUUUACUACGGAUUUGGAUAAGCUGGAAGGAAAACCGUUACCAGUUCUCCCUACAGAUGGUAAAUUCAGGGCACUAAAGAUGGAGUUCUCUCUUCCCCCAUCCACUUACGCUACCAUGGCGAUUCGAGAAGUUCUGAAAAUGGACACAAGCAUAAAAUACCAGACACAAUUGAAUACAACCUGGUUACGCUGAAUGAACUGCGAAAAUGACUUGGAUUUUAACACAUGCAAAGUGUUUUCUUAUUGUUCUGUACAAAUCUUUAAAGAUUGGUAGGAAGAAAUUUGUAUUUUUUAAAGUUUUUUUUAGUGCUAGCAUUUAACUUCAGUAGUCAUUUGCAAAGUGGUUGCUGUAACAUACGAUCCCAGUGACUGAUGCUUUUUAAGGAGUAAGUUGCUUGAGCUAUAACAUGGGUGUGUCUUUCAGAAAUGGGCUUAUGCUAGUUUCAGACCUGGAAGAAUGUUUAGUUUUGGCAAGCACUGAAUGUUUUCAUGAGUUCAGCACAUGUUGAAGUCUCUUCAAAUAUGUUGAAUUGCAGGCUAGGAAAAUUAAUUACAACAAAAUUAAGAUACCUGGAUGAACAGCUGUAUUGCAGGAGUUUUUGCUUGGUAGCAUUGGCAUGGAUGUGGUACAGGAUUCUGUUCGCAAGGCUUUUUAUGUGCUGUAAAGAUGUACAUCUGGUUUAAUAUGCUGUAAAGAUUUACAGCUGUUUUAAUUGAUCUUUUUCAUUGAGAAAAUACCUGUGUGUAUUUUAUAGCUUCACUCAUACCUGUACCAAAGGACAGGUACUGAAAAUAAAUUAAGCAACACAUCUCAGUGUGUAUCAGU